AUGUCGUGGAGAAGUGAUAUCCGUGCCGUGGUAGGUUUAGCGUUACAUUAUGAUGAUAAAUUGGAAAAAAUCUCAGAAUGGGGACUUCCCGCACUUUCUAAACGUCCAAAUCGAAAAAAGAGAAAUAAUAAACCUGAAAGUAAACCAGUAGAACUAUUUAAAUUACAUUUGGGAAAUUUGCAAGAACAUCUUAAACCUAAACUUACUGUCGAAUAUAAAAAAGCAAUUACUGAUUAUCUUCGUGAAAUUGGAAAUCUGAUCAAGGAUACCGUUACGACUACUUGGCCUGGAAUUGAUUACUCAAAAAAUGUUAUGUUGGUCCUUACCGUUCCUGCAGAGUAUUCUGAUAAAGCAAAAGCGAUAAUGAGAGAAUGUGCACUCAACGCCGGUUUACUUAGUGAUAAACUUUCAGAAAAAUUACAAUUUACUACGGAACCUGAAGCUGCAGCGAUUUAUUGCAUGGAUAGCAGUUUGAAAGAACACGAUUUGGCCGUUAGCGGAACUACUUUUAUGAUUGUUGAUUGUGGAGGUGGAACGGUCGAUUUAACAACACAAAAAUUAUUAGAGGAGAAACAAUUAGGUGAAAUUACGGAAAGAGCAGGGGAUUAUUGUGGAAGUACAUUUAUCGAUAAAGAGUUUAUUAAAUACUUACGAGAUAAACUUGGAGAUAAUGCCAUAGAUUUACUAGAAGAGAAUCAUUAUGGACAAAUGCAAUAUAUGAUUCAAGAAUUUUGUAAAAAUGCUAAAUUACCAUUCACGGGAGAAGAUCUAAAUUUUAAUUAUGAAAUGGAUCUUGAAGAAGUUUCACCUGUUUUGUUACAAUAUGUAACAGGCGAUAUUAAUGAGGCUUUGGAAGAAGCAGAAUGGUUGAUUAAGCUUGAUUUUGAGACAAUAAAAUCAAUGUUUGAUCCUAUUGUUGAAAGAAUAUUACGUAUGAUUAGUGCACAACUCGAUAAUUCACGCGAAAAGUGUUCAGCAAUGUUUUUGGUUGGAGGUUUUAGUCAGUCAAAAUAUUUGCAAAAAAGAAUUAAAGAAGAAUUCGAUGAACUCGUUGGAAAUAUUUCGGUUCCUUCAAAUCCGAUUGCCGCUAUUUCGCGUGGUGCGGCGAUUUAUGGGAUCAGUCUUAAUAAUGCGGAUAAUUAUUGUUCGGACGGAAUAAAAUGUAUAAUAAGUUCUCGUGUAUUGAAAUUCACUUACGGUAUUAGAACAGGAUCAAAAUGGAAAAAAGGUGAUCCUAAAGAAAGAAGAACUUUUGACGGAUAUAUACAACGUUUUAGUUGCGUUGCAAGACGCGGAACUAAUACUUUAAUUGAAAAGCCAUUUACUCUCGAUCAUCUUACCCCUCAUUAUCCGUUCCAAACAGUUGCUGCUUUUCAAAUUUUUUAUACGAGAGAAUACGAUGCAGAAUUUUGUGAUGAAGAUGGAAUGGAAUUAUUAGGAACUCUUAAAAUUGACCUUCCAGAUUCUCAUCUUGGAUGUAACAGACCUAUUUCCUUUGGAUUAAAAUUCGGUAAAAUGGAAGUUACGGCAACUGCAAGAAAUAAUACAAAUGGUCAAAAUUAUCAAACUACUUUUGAAAUCGAAACUGAUGAAUAA